AUGAGACUCUCACUGUACCUCUGCCUCUGCGCGGCAGGCACUCUCACAUCCGCCCUCGCGAUCGACCAAAUCGACGCCAAAGGCCUCAUAGCACGACAAGAAACCGCAUCAGCAACGGCCACGACCUCUCCAACCGCCUCCAGCACCGCAACCUCCAACGACCCAAACGUAACCGACCAACCCGCCUCGGGGAUCUACGGCUCCUCCUCCAACUCCCAAGACAUCGACACCGACGGCGGCGCCUCCGGCCACUCCUCCGGCUCCUCCUUCAACCUCUCCACCGGCGGCCUCGUCGCAAUAAUCAUAAUCGUAGUCGCAGUCGUUCUCUUCGGCGCCGCAACAACAUCCCUCUGGGUCAUCGCCAAACGCCGCCAAUGGACCAUGAAACAAACCCUCAAACGCGCAUCACGACGCCUGACAGGUCGCGGCGGGCCUAGGCAAGAUGCGAGGGAGGCGGCGGAGGAGAGGAGGAGAAGGAGGAGGACGGGGCUGCAGAUGACGAGUCGGGCGGAGCAGAGGGGUGCGAAGAGGGGGAUGGUGAUUGAGAUUAAGGAUCAGGAGCAGAAUCUGGGCGUGGGCAGGCCGGAGAAGAGUGCGGGCGGGUUGGGGAGUAAGUUGGGGAGGAAUGAUUGGAAGAGCCGAGGACAGAGAUAA